UUCCUCCAUUAUUAUCUUCAGACUCCAGCUCUCCUCACUUAUCACUCUCUCUCUCUAUACAACCAAACCGUUACCAACAAUGGCGGCACCAUCACCAAAGCUAAAACCAAACCCUACCACCGCCGUCUUCAUCCUCCUCCUCUUCCUCCACCACGCCGCCGCGUCGGACCAUCCCGACGCCGCCCCUCUUCUCCUCUUCAAAUCCACCGCCGACCCCCAAAACUCCAUCCUCUCCUCCUGGAACUCCACCUCCGACCCAUGCAGCUCCUGGGCCGGAGUCUCCUGCAUCCGCGACCGGGUCGCCCGUUUAGUCCUCGAAAAUUUCAACCUCCAAAACUCCCUCCCCUCCUCCAUCGCCUCCCUCACCCACCUCCGCGUCCUCAGCCUCAAGCAAAACGCCUUCUCGGGUCAAAUUCCGGAUCUCUCCAACCUCACCGCCUUAAAACUCCUCUUCAUUUCCCACAACCGUUUCUCCGGCGAUUUUCCGCCCUCGUUAACCUCUCUCUCGAAGCUCUACCGCCUCGAUCUCUCCUACAAUAACUUCUCCGGCGAAAUUCCCCUCGCCGUCAACCGCCUCACGCAUCUCCUCACUCUCCGCCUCGAGGAGAACUCCUUCGCCGGCGCGAUUUCCGCAAUUAACUUGCCGAAUUUGCAGGAUUUCAACGUGUCGGGGAAUGAGCUCGCAGGUGAAGUACCUAGGUCGUUUUCAGGCUUCCCUGCGUCGUCGUUUUGUGGGAAUCCGGCAAUGUGCGGUCCGCCGCUGGAGAAAUGUGAUUUAGCUUCGAGUAACCCUACCCGUCCCGGCGGAGCAAUGGCGUCGCCGGUGAGCCCUAGAACGACCGUUUCGUCCUCUCCAACGGCGGUUCCGACGGAGACUAAUCCGCACACUUCCCACAAGAGUAAAAUUAGUAAUAUUGCUAUAAUUGGUAUAAUAAUUGGGGAUGUUUUGGUUCUAGGGCUAGUUUCGUUGCUACUGUACUGCUAUUUCUGGAGGAACUACUCGAGCAUGUUGACGUCGGAGAAAAGCUCCGUGCAAGCGGAGAAAAUAGUGUAUUCGUCGAGCCCUUACCCGAACCCUGCCCUGUCCGGGUACGAGAGGGGGAAGAUGGUGUUCUUUGAUGGUGAGAGGAGGUUCGAGCUCGAGGAUUUGCUGAGGGCGUCGGCGGAGAUGCUGGGGAAGGGCGGGUUUGGGACAGCCUACAAGGCGAUUUUGGAUGACGGGAAUGUGGUUGCAGUGAAGAGAUUGAAGGACUUGAAUGUGCCUGGGAAGAGGGAGUUUGAGCAGCAGAUGGAGGUGUUGGGGCGUCUGCGCCACCCGAAUUUGAUCGGAUUGAAGGCUUACUAUUUCGCUAGGGAUGAGAAAUUGUUGGUUCAUGAAUUCAUGCCUAAUGGGAACUUGUUUUGGUUGCUUCAUGGCAACCGAGGCCCCGGUAGAACUCCAUUGGACUGGACGACAAGGUUGAAGAUUGCAGCAGGAGCAGCACGGGGGCUAGCCUUCAUCCACAGCUCAGGGCCCCCCCUGAGACUCGUGCACGGCAACAUCAAGUCGACAAACGUCCUCAUCGACAAGCUAGGCAAUGCCAAGCUAUCCGACUACGGCCUCUCAGUCUUUGCAUCUGCCCCGUCUGCCUCUAAAUCCAAUGGCUACCGUGCCCCAGAGGCAGCUUUGGACGGCCGGAAGCUGACCUCCAAAUCGGAUGUCUACUCUUUCGGGGUCCUGCUGCUGGAGCUGCUGACUGGCAAGUGCCCCUCCAUAAUCGACAACAGUGGGCCGGGGAAAGGGUACAGCGGGGUCGUAGAUCUGCCUAGGUGGGUGCAGUCCGUGGUGAGGGAGGAGUGGACAGCCGAGGUGUUCGAUUUGGAGCUCAUGAGGUACAAGGAUAUCGAAGAGGAGAUGGUGGGACUGCUGCAGAUCGCAAUGGCGUGCACUCAGGUGGCGCCGGAUCAGAGGCCGAAGAUCAACUAUGUUGUGAAGAUGAUAGAGGAGUUGAGAGGGGUGGAGGUGUCGCCCUCACACGAGGCACUAGAGUCGGUGUCGGAGUCACCGUCGGCAUCGGAGGAUACCUGCAGAGCUAGUGAAUGAUGGGUGGCUGUGGCUGUGGCCGUGCAAGAAUGAACUAGGAUCGUUUUGUUGUUAGCAACUUUGGAAGUUUUCUUUAGUUCAACUUUUGUAUAUUGAGUAUUGAUAAUAUGAGUAGGUUUUUGUGGAUCAAGUUGUGAUAUGCCUCCCACUCCAAAUUAUUUUUUAUUUUAAUUUCUCUAAUUGAUCA